AACGAGGUUUAAUAGACACCUGUAAGGCUGUAACGCUAUGUCGUCCUUACGUGAAUUCUAUAAAUUGAAUCCUCAUUGCUCUUUUGCAUCACAGAUAUCUCCACACAAAGAUACCAAAGUUAGCUGCUGCAAUGGCCGUAAGAGGAGCUGUUACAGCAACCUUAACUCAGCAAACAUGUUUAAUGUCACUUUCAAGAAACAAAACCCAACCUAAACAGAUUUCAGUCAGAGCUUCCACAAAUGGCUCAUAUAGCAAGGAUCAAAGUAACAAAUUGAUAAGGAAAGAAAAAGAUGGUUGGAAAAUUGAUUUUACUGAAGAAAAACCACCUACUCCAUUGUUAGAUACUGUUAAUUACCCUGUGCACAUCAGAAACUUAUCUACUCUGGAUCUUGAACAACUUUCCGCAGAGGUUAGAGCUGAACUUGUGUAUACAGUGGCAAAGACAGGUGGGCACCUUAGUUCAAGCUUAGGGGUGGUGGACCUAACUGUGGCUCUACACCAUGUCUUUAACACUCCAGAAGAUAAGAUAAUAUGGGAUGUUGGUCAUCAGGCAUAUGCGCACAAGAUUUUGACAGGAAGAAGAUCUAAGAUGCACACAAUAAGAAAAACUUCAGGCCUUGCAGGGUUUCCUAAGAGAGAUGAGAGCAUAUAUGAUGCUUUUGGUGCAGGCCAUAGUUCUACUAGCAUAUCUGCUGGUCUUGGCAUGGCAGUUGCAAGAGAUCUCUUAGGGAAAAAGAACAAUGUUAUCUCAGUGAUUGGGGAUGGAGCAAUGACUGCAGGGCAGGCAUAUGAGGCUUUAAAUAAUGCAGGGUAUCUCGACACCAACUUGAUUGUAGUAUUGAAUGACAAUAAGCAAGUCUCAUUGCCCACUGCAACAUUGGACGGACCUGCGAGUCCUGUCGGUUCACUCAGUAGAGCGCUAUCGAAACUCCAAGCAAGUCCAGAUUUCAGAAAAUUACGCGAAACAGCCAAGAGCGUGACAGAACAAAUAGGAGGGAAAACACACAUGCUUGCAGCAAAAGUCGAUGAGUAUGCAAGAGGCAUGAUCAGUGGUACUGGAUCAACUUUCUUUGAGGAACUUGGUUUAUACUAUAUCGGACCAGUGGAUGGGCACAACAUGGAAGACUUGAUCACUGUUUUAAAGCAAGUGAGAGAACUUCCUGCACCAGGACCAGUUUUGAUCCAUGUAGUCACGGAGAAAGGAAAGGGCUAUCCCCCAGCAGAGCAAGCAUCUGAUAAAAUGCAUGGGGUUGUUAAGUUCGAUCCUAGAUCAGGGAAGCAAUUCAAGUCCAAAUCCGCAACACUUCCAUAUACACGGUACUUUGCCGAAUCUUUAAUAAAAGAAGCUGAAGUAGAUGAGAAAAUAGUGGCUGUUCAUGCUGCAAUGGGUGGAGGAACAGGUUUAAAUUAUUUCCAAAAGAGAUUUUCAGACCGCUGUUUUGAUGUGGGGAUAGCAGAACAACAUGCAGUAACAUUUGCAGCAGGUUUGGCUACCGAGGGCCUCAAGCCUUUUUGCACCAUCUACUCAUCAUUCCUACAACGAGGAUAUGACCAGGUAAUACAUGACGUGGAUCUUCAGAAACUGCCAGUUAGAUUUGCAUUGGAUAGAGCAGGUUUAGUGGGUGGAGAUGGGCCAACCCAUUGCGGUGCGUUUGAUAUUACCUACAUGGCUUGUUUACCAAAUAUGGUUGUCAUGGCUCCAUCAGAUGAAGCAGAGCUGAUGCACAUGGUUGCAACAGCAGUAGCUGUUGAUGACAGACCUAGCUGCUUCAGGUAUCCAAGGGGAAAUGGUAUAGGAGUUCCCCUUCCUCCUGGCAAUAAAGGAACACCACUUGAGGUUGGAAAGGGAAGAAUAUUGAUAGAGGGGAGCAGGGUUGCAUUAUUGGGAUAUGGCUCUAUUGUCCAAAAGUGCUUAGAAGCCUCAAGAUUGUUAGAAUUAAGGGAUAUAACAGUGACAGUAGCUGAUGCAAGGUUCUGCAAACCUCUCGAUUGCGAUCUUCUAGGGAAUCUAGCAAAUGAACAUGAAAUUCUCUUAAUUGUUGAAGAAGGUUCCAUAGGAGGUUUUGCAUCUCAUGUGUCACACUUUCUCUGUCUGAACGGUAACAUGGAUGGAUCUCUCAAGUUAAGAGCAAUUAUCCUUCCAGAUAGAUAUGUUGAUCAUGGAGACUAUGAAGCUCAGUUGGAAGAAGCAGGAUUGACUUCAAAACAUAUAGCUGCAACUGUGCUAUCUAUGCUGGGAAAGCAAAACGAAGCUCUUACACUUUAGGUCCCAGCAAAUUUAAGUGUACAUGAUAUUAUAUUCUACUAAAGUGACCUGCAAGUGUAAAUACAUAUAGUUGAAUCUUUGUGAUGUGAGAUUGGGUACCAGAACGCAAUUGGCUACCUAGUUUUGUUAAAUUAGCCAAAAGUGUACUACUUGCAUGUACAAGUUUACUUUUCCCAUAUCACAACUUUUGGGAGUGAUAGUGAAUUAAGUAACACUAAGCUUGACAAAAGAACUCAUUCGAGAAACCAGAUAAAUGAAAUCUAAUAUACUAUUGUCUUCA